AUGAAGUUCACCAACAUGGUUCUGGCCGCUAGCGCAGCUAACAUGGCCGUUGCUUACCCGCGUGGUCGGGAUAUUGUUUCUAACAAGCGCAGCGUUGAGAAAAAGCGCUCUACUGGUUUCACUUGGGUCGGUGUCAGCGAGUCUGGUGCCGAGUUCGGUGAGGGCAGCAUCCCUGGUACUCUGGGCACCAGCUACAUCUGGCCCGAGACUUCGAAGAUCCAGGUGCUGCGUGAUGCUGGCAUGAACAUCUUCCGUGUUCCUUUCUUGAUGGAGCGUCUGGUUCCCACUAGCAUGACUAGCACUCCCGACUCAACCUAUUUGGCCGAUCUGAAGUCUACGGUAAAGUUCAUCACCGACAGCGGUGCCUAUGCGGUCCUCGACCCCCAUAACUAUGGCCGAUACUCUGGCAGUAUCAUCACCUCGACCGAUAAUUUCAAGGCCUGGUGGAAGACUGUCGCUACUGAGUUUGCUUCCAACGAGAAGGUUAUUUUCGAUACUAACAACGAAUAUCACGAUAUGGACCAGACUCUGGUUCUCAACCUGAACCAGGCCGCCAUUGACGGCAUUCGUGCCGCUGGUGCCACCACCCAGUACAUCUUCGUCGAGGGCAAUGCCUAUACCGGCGCCUGGUCCUGGACCAGCAACAACGACAACAUGAAAGACUUGACCGACCCCCAGGACAAGAUCGUCUACGAAAUGCACCAGUACCUCGACUCCGACAGCUCCGGCACUUCGGAGACCUGCGUCAGCAGCACCAUCGGCAAGGAGCGCCUCGAGUCAGCCACCACCUGGCUGAAGAACAACGACAAGAAGGGCUUCAUCGGCGAGUUCGCCGGCGGCGUCAACUCGGACUGUGAGGCUGCCGUCGAGGGCAUGCUGUCCUACAUGUCCGACAACAGUGACGUCUGGAUGGGCGCCGAGUGGUGGGCUGCCGGUCCCUGGUGGGGAACAUACAUGUACUCACUCGAGCCGACUACUGGUCCCGCGUACUCGACCUACCUGCCUAUCCUGGAGAAGUACUUCGUGAGCGGCUCGUCCUCGUCUACCACCAAGGCCGCGACUACCACCACCUCCGCCGCCCAGGAAACCACCACCACCACCACCCCCAAUACCCAGGUCCAGGCCUCCAGUCCUCCCACCGAGUCUGCCAGCUCUUCCAGCGCCCCCGCUGGAGCCGUCACGACCACUAUCAGUGUGCCCGCCUCCUCCCCGACCACCUUCGUCAGUGUGCCCGCCUCCUCCCCAACCACCUUCGUCAGUGUGCCCUCGCCCGCGACCACCCAGUCAUCCACCAGCAUCGCCGUUCCCUCUUCCAGCAGCGGCACUGUCGCCCGCUACUACCAAUGCGGUGGUCUGAGCUGGACCGGUGCAACUUCCUGCGAGAGUGGGCUGGCCUGCGUCGUGCAGAACCCUUACUACCACCAGUGCCUGUAA